AUGAAUAUUAAUGAAAGCCAGGAGGAAGAAUCUUUAGUUGUUGUAGAUACUAAUAAUCAACAACAACAACAAAGCUCUUCACCCCAUUUUGGUGAAGGUCAACAAGGGUUGGCUGAACAAUCCCGCCCCUGGUCAUUACAAUCGUCUCUGAGUGCUGCUUCGUCCGAUCCAGCAGUCAGAGUUUUGGGCACUCCAAUAAGUGACAUAUCUGAAGAUGAAAAUCAGAAGCCUAGAAUGCUUGUUGAUGCUUAUGGGAAGAGAAUUGAUGAAGAGGAGGAAGAAGAAGAGAGGGCAAGCCUGAGGGAUUUUGAGGAACAGGAAAGACAAAUUGCUAGGCAAUUGGCUAUUGAGGAUGAAGAGAAAGUUGGAGGAGGGGAGGGGAAGGAGGUUGAGGAGGAGGAGGAGGAAGAACUGUUAAAAAAUCCGCAACAACAACUACCCCCUCAAUCACCCCCAAUACCCACACAUGCUCGUAACCUUUUCCCAGAAUCAUUGCAGAAUCGUCAGUUUAACUCUUCCCAGAUUUUAAAUGAUGAGAGUUGUAGUAACAGCAUAAUUGAAGAAGAUAGACAACAACAUGUUGGGGACGUUCAGAGGUCUCCAACAAUUUCUAAUCGUUCAUCUCCAGUUGGAGGCUAUCCAAUAGAUUAUUCAGCAGAUCCACCACCUUAUACUUCUUCACCACCACGCGUUGGUGGUCGUUUAUUUGUUGGAAAUCGGUUAAAUACUACCUUGGCAACUGGAAUAGUUCCAAUUGAAGGACAGUAUGAUAGGGGAAUAAGUGAGAGAGAAAAUGAAGGUGAGAGUAAGAAUAUGACUGCAAAAAAAUUUUGCGGACAAAACUUUGAGAAAAAAAUUUUUUAA